CUGUGCUGUACACACACAACAGUAAUAAGCAUGGCUGAGUGUUAGGACAGGGGGUGGACACUGCAGUCUGUUCACUGUUUGUAGGCCACUGUUGGUCAGCCAAAUUCACAGGUUCGAUUGACUUAACCAGAUACAUAACCAAUUUACUUCAGUCGUGAGGACCAACACUUAAAAUUUAUUGUUUCGUGUUACGGAUAAACCUAUAUAUUUUGAAAAUACUAUUCAUUUUUGGAUUUGUCAUGGAAUCGAGGUCACUGGUCAAGAUCUUGGUAAUUGUAGUUUUGUACGCAAUCUUCUGGCUGCUGUUAAUCAACCAUACACUACAUCUCCCAGAACGCCGACAAACCAACUCCUCCCAUUCUCCGCGCUCAGCACCACGCCCACUAUUUCUUGGUCCGCGGGGAAGUCGCAAGAUGGCCGACGUCGCUUGAAAGUACGUUCCUCUCCUCAGUAUGAAGUUGUGAGUGAGAUAGAGAGCGAGGGAGCUUACGGUGGCGUUUUGUUUUUGUUUUCUUUUAGUUAUUUUACUUUAUUUUAUGUUUAUCCAACCAUUUCAUUCCGAAGCGCACAUGUCUCAGAUUUCUUUAAGAUAGUUGAGUCGUCAGUCACACCGGGCUAACGAGCUAAGUCAGCUAGCUAGCUGGUGUGUUCGCUGCAAAGCUGCAGGUUUAGGUUAAAUCAGUUGGCUAGCUUCUUGUCGAUUUCAAACACAUUCGGUUUAGACUUUACACACUUGAACGAUUACAAUCGGAUACUAAAUUGGGAAACUGUCCAGCCAAAUCGACUGCCAUUGUUCUGUUUGUAAGUUAGCUACUGUAAAGUUUGCUAGCAUGUAGGAUUAUAUUUUGGACCUUUUCGCUGCCGUCGACAUCAGUAGUGCCGCCGUUAUCUCCCACCGUAACAUUGUAAACUUGGACAUGCUUUCUCACUGCGCGACAUUAUAAUCAAUCCAUUGGUCUGUAAUUUGGACAGAUAUUCUAGCCGUUACACUAAAACGUACAGUGAAGAAUGGAUAGACGUUGCACGUUUAGAUUUAGACCAUAGCCUCGCCCACGACUAGAAUUUCAGAUUUUCACGUUCAGUAGACACGAUUAUUAUUUUUUCUUUUUACAACCCCGAUUACUAGCUGCACACUUCUUUACCCAAAUAGGAACGUUCGAUUAAUACACUGAUUAAUAACUCUGGAAAGGGCGUGCUCGCCUGCCACAUCUACUACGCGCGCACAAACGCGCACACACACUCUUGAGACGUAAACAGGACCGAAGUGCGAAAAUAUGGGAGUGCAGGGCUUUCAGGAGUAUUUGGAGAAGCGAUGCCCGGGCGCCUCGGUUCCGGUAGAUCUUCUCAAACUGGGUCGAACCGCGAGCCGAAAUCCUCCGCACCACCACCAUCAUCCCCAUCCCCACCAUCAUCCUCAUCACCCGAACGCGCUGCCCGCGCCUCCUCCUCCUCCGCCGCCCGCGCGCAUCCUCGUGGACGCGGACUCAGGCCUGCAGCGCCUCUACGGCGGCUACCAGACCGACUGGGUUUGCGGCGGCGAGUGGAACGCCAUGCUCGGCUACUUGGCGGCGCUGUCGCAGGCCUGCCUGUACCAGGGCGGCCUGGAGCUCGUCGUGGCAUUCAAUGGCACGCUGGGCAAAGAGCGCUGGCCCGAGUGGGCGCGCCGAGCACAGGCCCACAGACAGACGGCGCAGCUCAUCGUCAACCACGUGGGCAGCAAAGGCACACCGCCCCCACGCGCCUGGUUCCUGCCGCCCGCCUGCCUCAGCCACUGCGUCCGCCUCGCCAUGUUCCGCUUCCGCGUGCGGGUGGUUCAGACCCUUGAGGACCACCACCAGGAGGUGCUAUCUCUGUACAGAGACUUUGGAUUUCAGGGCCUGAUUGCACAGGACUCCGAGUUUGCUCUAUGCAAUGUCCCGGCCUAUUUUAGCUCUCAUGCGCUUAAGCUCUCCUGGAACGGCAAAAAUCUGACCACUCACCAGUACCUGCUGUCUGAGGCUGCUCGCCAGCUGGGCCUUAAAACCCAGCACUUGCCCAUCUUUGCUGCCCUACUUGGUAACCACAUUCUGCCAGAUGAAGACCUGGCUGCCUUUCAUUGGAGUCUCUUGGGUCCAGAACAUCCUCUUGCCUCUCUCAAGGUAAGGGCUCACCAGUUAGUCCUCCCUCCCUGUGAGGUUGUGAUUAAAGCUGUAUCAGAGUACGUCGCCUCUAUUCAGGAUCUUGGAAACCUAGAUGCUGUGGCCAGAGAUGUAUUCAAACAGUCUCAGUCUCGGACCGAAGAUAAAAUUGAAAGAUUUAAGAAGGCAGUGGAAUAUUUUUCAGCGGCCAGUAAACCCAGACCUCUUACCAUGGGACCUUCUCCUUACCUCUUGCCAGGUUUUGGGCCUUGUCAGUUUGGUGGUCCUCUGGGCCACAUGGGGCCAGUACAGUCUGGGAAAGCCCAGGUUGGUCCACCCCAGGUAUCAGGUGUUAAGGUGCCUUAUCCCGGUGGGCCUUAUGGCCCCGGCCCAGCCUCUGCCCUUCUUUUCCAGAACCCGCCUCCACCACUGCAGGAAUGCAACGAUUCUCUUGUUGGAAAAAUGGGAUUUGGUGAUUGGUCUGCUCCUUAUGAUUCCACUCAAGUUGGCAACCGAAUGCCCAAUCACCACACUGCUGCUCCUUCAGGCCCUUCUCCAUCACCGUCGUCUUCUUCAGAUGGGGAGGAGCAAAAUGACACCAGCACUAAUCAUUUGGCUGACAAGUCCUCUAGAUGGGAAGAGCCCACUGGCCGUGGGGGUGGCACCUCCGGAGAGGGUCCCCAAGGCAACGGGAGCGGGUCAACUAUUCCGUCACUGCUGUCCAUGGCAACACGGAGUCACAUGGACAUUACAACUCCACCCCUUCCACAGGUCAGCGCUGAGGUGCUACGAGUGGCAGAGCACAGACACAGAAGAGGUCUCAUGUACCCACAGAUAUACCACAUCCUCACAAAGGGGGAGAUGAAGAUGCCAGUAUGUAUAGAAGAUGAGUGCAACCCUGACCUGCCUCCUGCUUCUUUGCUGUUCCGCUCAGCACGGCAGUAUGCCUAUGGCGUGCUGUUUAGCCUGGCUGAGACUCAGCGGAGAUUGGAAAGGAUGGCCAUGCGCAAGCGCGCUCCACUAGAGGUGCCCCCAGUAAUAGUUAAGGAGUGGUGUGCCAGUAAGGCCAAGUCAGCCUUAACUCCUGAGCUGGUUCCAGCCAUGUGUUUCCGUGAGUGGACCUGUCCUAAUCUGAGGCGUCUGUGGCUUGGUCGUGCCUCUGAGGAUCGCAGUCGACGCACGCGGGCCUUCUUGGCCUGCAUGAGAUCAGACUGCCCUGCCUUGCUUAACCCGUCCUGUGUGCCAUCACACCUGCUGCUCAUGUGCUGUGUACUCAGGUAUAUGAUGCAGUGGCCUGGUGGCCGCAUUCUCCAACGUCAUGAGCUUGACGCUUUUUUGGCUCAAGCGGUGUCCAAUCAGCUCUAUGAGCCUGAUCAACUGCAGGAACUCAAGGUGGAGAAAGUUGACAACCGAGGUGUGCAGCUGGCCUCUCUGUUUAUGAGUGGCGUGGACACUGCUCUUUUUGUGAAUGAUGUGUGUGGCCAGCCUCUUCCUUGGGAUCACUGCUGCCCAUGGGGCUUCUUCGAUGGCAAACUAUUUCAGAGCAAACUUGCAAAGGCUACCAGAGACAGGGCUGCUCUGCUGGACAUGUGUGAAGGCCAGGAGGAGCUGGUGUCCAGAGUCGAGAAGAUGAGGCAGGCUAUUCUGGAGGGCAUCAACCUCUCUCGGCCUCCUCCACCACCCCCACCUUUGCCACCCCCAGCCUUCCUGCCCCCUGCUAUGGUGCCACCGUUCUACCCUAUGCACCCUCUGUACCCACCUCGACCCUUGGGUUCUAUGCCUCCUCCUCACCACCAGCACCGACCAAGAGCUUUCCCAGGUAUCCAGUCUAUACCUCCUCAAGGUGGGAAGCUAGAGAUUGCUGGCAUGGUUGUUGGCCAAUGGGCUGGAAACAAGCCAGUGCGUGGCAGAGGAGGAUUUAAUGUACAGGUGGUAUCAGUGGGAGGAGGAAAAGGAAGGGGCAAAGAAAUGAUACCCAAAGGAAGAGGAGGAAAGAAAAUUACCACAAAUCGACCACAGACUCUCUCUUCCUCACCUCCCUCAUCCAGCCCCCCAAAGCUGGCAGAGGAGCCAAAAACAGUGGGGAGGCCUGCUGAGAGAGCCGGCGUCGUAUCCCAGCAGUUGAAUGGCAGUUCUUCAGGAAGUGCCACUGGCCAACCCGUUGACCUGCCACCACUGGCCCAGCCAAUCCAGUGUGCCUUAGCCAGCAAAGAAAACCAAUCAGGAGACGGGGUGGAGGUGGAGGCCCCAUGUUGCCUUGACGACUGCUCGUCAGAUGGUGCACUACAAAAAGAGGAGUAAUUACAUCCCAUAGUUUAACAAGAAUGAUCGAGUUGAGAGGAAAUGUUCCAAGUUUGACUGCCUUUUUCCUUGCAAAACAUAAUUAGGCACAGUAGCCACUUCGUGUUGUCGUCAUAAGAAUAAUUUAUGAUGUUACAGAUGCUGGAAACUAGAGAUGGACAGUGUGAGAAGGGGUGCGGUCUGUGUCACCUUAACAGUAGGUUCUGAUUUGAAACUGAGCAAAGUUAAAAAUCACAACCUUUUGAUUGCACAUUGCACUGAAUCUUUUUGAUUCUGGACCUCAGCCUUUCCACUGCCCCAUCAGGGUUGUAGCAUUGUGACAAGCUCUCAGUCUUUUCACCUUUCUAGCAUUUUUUUUUUUUUUUUUUUUUUUACUUUUAGAACACUUUAGGUUCCUGGUAAUAUUUGUAAUAUUGUCUAAAAAUGGCGACAGUAGGCCCCUUUUUGCCCAAAGUAUAUCCUACUUAAAUCCACACUUACAGCCAGUGCAUUUUAAGAGCAGCAUACUUACCCUUAAAGCCCCAAAACAUUUUUUAAUUGAUUCCAGGGAACCCAGCAUCACCUAACCAAUGCUGUUUAUCACCCUGGCUGUCAGUCACACAUCACGCAUCUGACAGUUGAACCAUGAGCCUUCAUGCAUAAUUAGUGCACCAUGGCUUCUCCCUUCAUUUAUACACAACAUUUAAUUGUUGUCAUGAGCUUUGUAAUUAAUAUUACUUAAGUAUAUCAAACAAAUUGCAUUGACAUUUAUUAUAUGCAUCUAAAAUGCUUAGAUGUAGAUAUAGAUCCCUCUUUUUUUGUUUUUCUUUUGAUCUUUUUUUGUAAUUUUAAGCAAACGUAGUUUUGGCUAAUUGGAUCGCAGUAGCUAUCAAAACUUGCACGGUUCUUUUUCUUUUAAAUGACAUUCUUAUAACCUAAUUCAUAGAAAUUAAGCAAAAACCCUGUGACUGUAUUGCAGCCAAGGUAAAUAUUGAAAUAGGACCCUGUUUAGAGUUAAUACAUUAUCUCUGAUUUAAGCAGCGCACAUAGUGAGACACUCCAGUGCUGUCGUAGCUUAGCAUCAAUGGAAUUGUCCUCAUAAUUGUCCUUAUAGCUGCUUAACAGUGAGCAUAGCACCAGAAUUUAUUCAUCAGGCAGCCACACUGUAUGUUUAAAUUUUCCCUUUAACGGGAAUGAUAUUUCAUAUUUUGUUUUUAUUUUUAUUUUUUCAAAGCACCUUAUGCCCCAAGAUAUAAAUAUUGAUGUGCAAGCCCCAGCACCAAAAUGUUAAAAGAAAUGCUCUAUGAAACUGAUUGUAACCCAACGUAAAGCACUUAUGUUAUUUAUGUAUAAUUAUAUAUCAGUACAACCACAGUCACCAGUCCACAGACCAAGAAAUUAGGGAAAAGAAGUGGAACUCCUAAAUUUCUGACAGCUGGGUGAAAAGAAAAAAAAACCCUUCUAAUGAAAUAACUUCUAGUUAUUUCAUUACAUUAAUUUCUCUCUAUAUAUAUUUUUUGUAAAUUUAAGCCCAUAUGUGUUGUUUCUAUGACUGCCCGUGGACCUUGUGCACUUUGCGAGAGCAUUUUAUUGAGGGAUUAUGGGUUUAAAUCCAUCUAACAUGAAAAUCCUCUAGCUUCAAAACAAUCUGACACCUUCACACAAAGGAAGUGCUUCUUUGUGACCUUUUUUUGUACUAGUAAUGAAUGGGAUGUUGGUAUUGAGCUUCAAUUUGUAUCAAAGAACAAAUACACUAGAUAGAGGAUCUUUUGACAAAUAAUUUUAAUUAGAAAUCUUUAAUACUGAUUUUCAUUAGUGUCUGUGCAGGCAUGUUAAUAAGAUGCACCUUAUUUUGUUACAAUAUGGAUAGAUGAUAGUAUAUCAUGUGCCACAAAUUGUAUAUCAAAGCUCUAAAUAUUGCAGAAUGACAGACAUAUUUAUGUUUGUAUAGUCUAAAGGUUUUGCCGAAACCCCUCCAUUAGCUUAACUUUAAGUUUAUAUACGUGUACGCAGAGACAUACACAAAAAGCAACUUUUACACAAUUCGUUUGUUAUUGGCAACGACAUGAUGUGUCCGUCUUGGAUAUAACAUGAACCAUGAUCUAUCGGUAUUAAUCGAGACCGUACCAUUGCAAAUUGUAUUUAAGCCCGAUACUGUACUAAUCAUGCACAACCAAUUCUUCUGAACUUCAGGCUUCGGUUGUGGCAUUUGAUGAUAAUUUCAGCAGUGCUCAUAAUGGAAGAAUCUUCCAUCAUGAAUUAAGCAUGCUAAAAUGCACCUAAACAUACACACAUACACUUGUUUGUACCUUUGGACAAACAACUUUGAACUGCUUCAGACUUUCUGUAGAUCAUUCUUCAGUUUUCAGUUUCCAUUUACAGUAGAUAAAAAUUUCAGUAAGUUCAUUAAACAAAUAUAGAUCGUCAUAGAUUUACCAGACAUCAAAGUUCAUUUAACUUAAUCUUAGUCUUGAAGACAUUUACACACCCAGAAAUGGACAUGAACAUGUACACAUACACACAUACACAUAUACACAAGUGCGCGCACACACACACACACACACACACACACACUUACAUGCAUAUGUAGAUGUUUUCUUUUAGAGAGACACCUUUUAGUACAAGAGAAAAUGUAACGUUAUUUAGGAUUUCUUUUUGUAUUCGAUAUAGUUGAUUACUUGUAAUGCUUAAUUAGUGAUUUCAGAUGUGUGGUUCCCAAGUUACUCUCUGCAGAGCUUCUUAUCUGGCUUUUAUGUAUUUUUUUUCCACUGUUCUAACCUCUUUCUUAUUUGCCAUUUUAAUCAGACAUUUGUUAAGAGUUCACUAUACCCAACCUAGCUGCAGAUGUAUGAUAAUUUACAGUAUUAAGUAUAUUAAAGGAUCUAUGUUUCGGAUUUUUGAGGUACAACUAAACCUUUUCCCCCCUUAUCCUAAUCGGUCAUAUUAAAAACGGUGGUAAUAUAGAACAUGUGCGGAUUUAUUCAUAUGGCGGUAGUUAGUUCACUGCACUAUUCGUUGCUGAUUUAAGAAAUCAUCCCUGUCUUGGUGUUGAAUAUAUUGUUACUAAUACACACUCUUAAAGUUCACAUGCUCGCUUUCUGUAGUUUUAAAAUAGCAACCAGAUUUCCUCCAUAUCUAUAUAAAGGAGAAAAAAAACACAUCAAAAAAAGCCCAUCACCUUUUCUUCUUUCUCUUGUUCCAUCAUGUCUAAACUCUUAUCUUUUCUCUUAUCAUGUCUUGGUUGUGGAUUCUCUUGCUCCUGCUGCAGUGUUGUCUCCUUACCCCCAUCAUACUAACAGUAAAGAUAUUACCGACAAUAAUAAUUACGCUUAUUAUCAGUCUGUAUGUAAUUGUAGCCAGAAGUUGGAAACGGAUAUUUUUCAGCAUCGGAAAAGAAAAACAACCAAAAACUAACAAAAAAAAAAAGUAACCUAACCAACUUUGGUUUGAAAUUGUGCAAAAAAAAAAAAUUCUUGCUUUUCUUUUUUUUUAUAUAUAUAUAUAUAUAUAUAUAUAUAUAUAUAUAUUACUCCUUUGACCAUUGCUACAGUUAGUAUUAAAUACACUUAGCACAGGUAGAUAUUUGAAACUGUAAUGAUUAUAGGUAUCUUUACCUUAUUGCUAUUGUUUUAAACCACUUCACCAUUAGGGUAAAAUUGUAGCCAUCAGACUAAACCACAACUUUGUCGAACAUUUUUAAGAUGCAAUUAAUCGGUGAAGAUCUUUUAAAAGCUGAUAAAUUCAACAUUUAACCCUUGCGUCCUUGCACAGAACAGAGUUAUCUCUGAUACUAAAAACCAAAGUGCAUACUAUCUUACUAAUUGUCAACCCAAAUUCCACUUUCUUUCGUUUGUGGAAAUGAGAGUUCUAUUCCUCGGUAAUUAAAAUCAUAACGUACAUUAUGGGUCCAUUUGCAAAUAUUAAAUGAAGGAAACAAUGUAUUUACAUCUUUUUAGUGAAAUGUGGCAGAGGUAUGUGUUGUCCGGUUUCUUCGCUAACAGUUUUUCCCUUUUUAUGAAGUGUAGCCUCAGAUGCAAGUCUUGAUGCGGUUAAAUCCUAGCACCCACUACAGUUACAGUUUGGGAAACGAAGCUUUGUCAGUAGUCAUGGCUAGGAUAAAUGUAAGCACCUAACUGUUAACAGGUUCUGUUCACAAGUGAAGAAUCCCUACCUGUGCAUUCCUAUAGACUUGUGUCUGCAGAUUAGAUUUGAUUUUUGCUUUGAAAAGUUUCCCUUCUAUCCUAGCUUUGAAGCCCUUCACCUCACAGGACCGUCUGUGUGCUUUUGACCAGUGUUGUAAGGUUUUGAGCCCGUUAGCGAAAACAGCAGUGUGUUGUGUAUAAUGGCUUCCUGCCAUUCUCCCCUACGUUUGCUGGACGAGUGCCCUUGUUUUAUCCUUAUGUUUUUAGAGCAUGUUGCCCCUGCAAUGUUGUCAACAUUUUCAAGUGACGACCCAGUCUCAUUUGUAGGCAACACAUUCUGUCAUCUGAUCUGUUCACCAGGAUAAACGCGAUGAUGCAUGCAUCAAGGUCUCCAAAAGAACUUGUGUAGUGAAGGGUAAAACUUCAUUAUUAUUAUUAUUGCUGUUAUGGUUAUGAUCGUUAUUAACAGUUUCUCAUUUUUAGUCAGAAGAAAGCACCAGGUUGUUUGGGGAAAGAAACCUUUUUUUAUUUGUCUUGCUGUUGUGGUCUGAAUUCACGAUGCAUUGAGAAGAAAGCCAAAAGGCUGAGAGAGAAAGAGUUGAAGUUGGCAGUCAUGUUUGUAUGGUUGGAAAAUGACUUACAGUGCUGAAAUAAAAUUUAUUCUUUUAGUAAAA